AUGCAGCUGGUGCCGAUCCUGUCUCAGCCCCAGCUUCCUGCAGACGAGCGGGUGGUGGCCCUGCGGGUCCUCAACUCGCAGCUCGCCAACCAGGAGGCCAAGGCCGAAGCCGUCGCGGCCGGCGCCGCCGCCGCGGUCGUCGCGCUGCUGCUGGGCGUGAGCGGCAGCGAGGGCCCAACCAACGGCUGCGGAGGUGGCAGCAGUGCCCAGGCCGGCGGCGGGAGCGGCGGCUCGGAUGGCGCGGGGUCUGACCUGCAGCAGCAGCUGUGCUGCAACGCGCUGGAGGCACUGUGCCACCUGCGGCAGGGCCGCGCGGCGGUUGUGGAGAAGGCUGGGCUGCACGCGCUCACGGCAGCGCUGGGCAGCGUGCCGGACGCCGCAUCUGCAGCCCUCAAGGCGUUUGCGAUGUCGGCCGACGGCGUCGCGCACAUGCAGCAGUCCCCAGCGCGCGUAGUAUCCUCCUUGGUGGACGCGCUCGGCCGCGUCAACACGCCGCUGGCCGCGGCGCGCGACAUCGCGGCGGCGCUGGCGGGCGCGGCGGGGACAGAGACGGGCGUGGUUGAGGCGUGCGGGGCGCAGGUGCCGGCCGCCAUGGUUGCGCUGGCGCAGCGCGUGCUGCGCUUCAAGCUGGGCGGCGACGGCGGGGGUUUGCUGGCAGAGGUGCUUCACGAGGCGUGCGCCUGCCUGAGGGGCAUCUGCCACCACCCUGACGGCAAGGUACCUGUCAUGAUGCACGCGGGCCCCAGCCUGGUGAAUCUCCUCAAGUCGAGCUCAGACCCCGAGUCAUCCGGCUCGGCGGCCGCAGCGCUGCGGCUGGCCCUGGAGGAGCCCGACGCGCGGCGCAAGCUCGAGGUGCUGCUGACGCCGCAGGAGCGUGCGGCGCUGCUGGGGCGGCUGCCGGAUGUGCCGCCGGCCUACAAGUAUGUUGUUCAGAUCCCCACCAGGACUUGA